AUGCAAGCCCUUCGCCAUGGCUUAGAAGCUUUGCUGCCUGGCUACUGCGGCUGCCUUGCGCAGCGUAGCAGGAGCCCGGACGUCCUCCUCGCGGAGGACUGCGCGCCAAAGCCGAAGGCGAAGGCAGCGCAGCAGUGGCUGGGCACCGGCGGGGGCGAGGCCGAGGAGGAGGAGGAGGCGCUCAUGGCGCAGCAGGCGUCGCAGGCGUCGCCCGCGCACCCGUGGCACGACCGCGGCGCGGCGCGCGGGUCGGCGUGCGAGCCGGCGGCGGCGCAGCCGGCGGCGCGGGCGCGGUGGUCCGCGGACGCCUCGCGGCAGGCCACGGGGCGGGGAUGGGAAGGCCGCGAGGCGCGCUGCUCGUACGCCUCGGAAACCGAGCCCAGCUGGAGCGCGGCGGACGCCGCUGCUGGAGCGCCCCCCUGGAACGACUGGGACCGGCACAGGGCCAGCCAGUGGUGGGGCGCCGGGGGCGGCGGCGGCUGGAGCGGCGGCGGCUGGAGCGGCGGGGCCGCGGCGGCGGUUGGAGCGGCGGCGGAGGCUGGCUGGGGAGGCGGCUGGAGCGGCGGCGGCGGCUGGAGCGACGGGGCCUGGGCGGCGGAGGCGACUGCCAGCUCCAGCUCUUCCGUGCGGCCGGGCGGCGCCUCCAGGCAGGGCCGCGGAGGAGACCCCGCGGUGCCCCGCAGGUGGCCGAGCCGCUGCUGGGAGGGCGACAUCCCGCGCCUCGACCUGUGGGGCCUGCACCGGGGCCAGCUGCUGCAGGCCCUCUCCGUGUGCGGCGCCGUCUUCUUGCAGGUCGAGGGCACGAGCGCCGAGGGGCCCCAGCGUCGGCUCCCCCGGCCAGAGUUCGCCCGCUGGCAGGGGCUGCUGCAGGAGACCCGCGUCUCGCGCGACUUCUUCGAGUCCAGGCAGCCGGUGCAGCACCGGUUCCUGCGCUUGUCCCUGCGCGAGGACCUGCAGCGCACCUUGGAGGGGAGGGAAAAGGAGCACACGCCGGACACGCGCGUGAUGUUCGGGGUGGGCGGCCGUCGCCUUCCGCCGCCGAGAGUGUUGUUUCGGUGA